CAAUCGCUUCGAAAGCUAAUGACGGCGUUGAAGCUUUUCGUCCACUUCUUAUUUAUCCUGUUAAUAUAUAACCAAAACAGUAAAAUUGUAUAAAAAUCUAAAUCUGUUUUAAAGAAUCUUGUUGGAUUUUGUAGGGCGAUGAAAAAUUCUUUUAUCAGGAGACAGUGACCAAAGAUCUUUCUUCCACGGCAAUCCUACAUUAUAUCGAAUAGGAGAGCAAAAAGCAAAGGAUCCAAGUAAAAAAAAAAAUGGCCUCUGUUCCACUAUCUCACGCAAAUCUUCUUCCUCCUCCAUCGAAGGCGAGCAAGAAGAAUUACUACGAGGGCAAUCUGUCGAACAGGUCGCGGACAAGACACAGAGCAGCUGCCUCUUGUUCUUCGACGAAUGUUUCUUGGGCGAGUGAGUUGGACCUGUACGAGCUUCUCGGGGUGAAGAGCUCGUCGGACCAGGCGGAGAUAAAGAAGGCGUACCGAGCGCUCCAGAAGCGGUGCCACCCGGACAUCGCCGGACCGGCCGGCCACGACAUGGCCAUCCUCCUCAACGAUGUCUACUCUGUCCUCUCCGACCCCGUGGCUCGCUAUGGCUACGACAAGGAGCAAGCGAAAAUCUCAGAGUUCCAGGGCUACACCGGGAAGCCAAUUUACUCGACUUGGUUUGGGUCUGAGAACGAGCAGCGCGCCGUCUUCGUGGACGAGCUCAAGUGCGUCGGCUGCUUGAAAUGCGCGCUGUUCGCCAAGAAGACCUUCGCCGUCGAGUCGGCGUUCGGACGAGCUCGAGUGGUGGCGCAGUGGGCAGAUCCCGAAGACAAGAUCCUCGACGCCAUCCGGACCUGCCCUGUCGAUUGCAUAUCGAUCGUUGAGAGAUCGAACCUCGCAGCUCUGGAAUUCCUGAUGUCGAAGCAGCCCAGAGGAACAGUGAGGAUAUCAGGCGCAAGAGCUUCCAACAUUUUUGCUGCGGUGACCAAAUUCCAGAACAGAUUCCGAGAAAUCCAGGAAAGAACAUCCACGAAACAGUCAAAGGAUUCGGAUCUACGAAGAGAAUCCAGGUUUUCGGCCUUUCAAGGGAUACGAUCGAUCUCUUCGAAGUGGUGGUACUGGCGACCUCCUGGUGCAGAAACAUCCGAGGAAGAGACCUCCAUAGUCCUCAGCUCUGCCAACUCCACAAUCACCGACGUAGAAAGACUUCGAAAAGCUGCUGCGAGGUACAAGAACAAGACAAUCGAGCGACUCCAGGGAGAGGAUUCAACUACCUCAGAACGCAGCGAUGAGUACUGGAAACCCAUGACCUUUCUCCCGCCGCCAAGUGGCCCCGAAACGCCAAAUUCAACCUGGAAGCCACCGUCCGAUGCAGUCUUCGAGGAGGAGGAGGAGGAGGAGGAGGGCACUGCUGAGGGUGGUGGAAACACAGUCGAUCUUAGGACACCGUUGGUGAUGGCAGCGAUCUCUGCGGCAUCUGUAGGAUUCAGAGGAAGAGAGGUGGUGGAAACGCAGGGCGGUGGUGUGCUUCAAGAACACAUAGCCGGUAGCAUGGCCUUGGAGGUUGUUAAUAGCUUUGAGUUGCAGAUUGCGUUGGCCGGAGCAACUUGGUUUCUCAUCGGAAUGGGAGUUCAUCUGAUGGUCGAUGCUAUCGUAAACAAAAAGGGAUUUAGAAGAUGAAAAGCUUGAUUGUAAAAAAUUUAAGAAAAAAACACAGAUUGCUACACUCUAGUAACAGAUAAUCUUAUUGAUCAUAGACGCAGAAACACCAUGUUUGCAUGAAUUGGUCUUGGAUUUUAGGGCAUCCGCCCUAUGUCAAGUAAACACCUUAUACA